GCACUGCUUCUCAUUUCACCGAACAAAGGUAUUUUGGCACCCUUCCUUGCUGCAGCAAGAUUCCCCAGGACAAGACAUACCACUUAAAAUGGGUGACGAGGAAGCUAAGAGCUUUCCUAUGGAGCUGAGCGAGAAAGGAGGUAGGGAGAACAACGGAUUUGUUCAGAAUGAGAGUUUCGACGAGAAGGAGACCAAUGCCAGUAGCCGAGAAGAAAUCCCCAAAACCUGUGUUGUUGGUGUGAACCCUGUGGCUCCGGAGGAGCCAGCUUUGGAGCCCUAUGCUGGGAUGCCAAAGGAAGUCUUGCUGAAGUUCUCCAGUCAAGCCCGGUACAGAGUCACCAGAGAGAUUCUCUUCUGGCUCAUAAUUGCCUCCACGGUCCUGCUGGUGUGUGCUACCAUCGCAAUUGUUGUUCUGUCUCCCAAGUGCCUUGACUGGUGGCAAGCCAGUCCGAUUUACCAGAUCUAUCCUCGUUCUUUUAAGGAUAGUGACAUGGAUGGGAAUGGUGAUCUGAAAGGUAUCCAGGAGAAACUGGACUAUAUCACGUAUUUGAAUAUAAAAACCAUCUGGCUCACCUCUUUCUAUAAGUCCCCCUUAAAAGACCUGGGAUAUGGUGCUGAAGAUUUCUAUGACAUUGACCCCAUGUUUGGGUCAAUGAGUGAUUUUGAGAACCUGCUUGCAGCUAUACACGAUAGAGGGUUGAAGGUGAUAAUGGAUUUAAUACCAAACCACACGAGUGACAAACACAGAUGGUUUCAGCUGAGUCGCAAUCGGACGGGAAAGUACACCGACUACUACGUGUGGCACGACUGCGCGCAGGCUGGCGGCUCCGUCGCUCCUCCAAACAACUGGGUGAGUGUCUAUGGGAAUUCAAGCUGGCAGCUCGACGAUGUGAGAAAGCAGUGUUAUUUUCAUCAGUUUGGGAAAGAACAGCCAGACUUAAAUUUUCACAACCCUGCUGUCCAACAGGAAAUCCAUGAUAUUAUCAAAUUUUGGCUUGGCAAAGGAAUUGAUGGAUUUAGUUUCAGCACUGUUAAAUUUCUUCUAGAAGCAACACAUCUAAGAAAUGAGCCUCAAGUGAACAAGUCCCAGAAUCCAGAGGAUAUCACAGCCUAUUCCCAGCUCUACCAUGACUACACAACCACACAAGUUGGUAUGCAUGAUAUCCUCCGUAGCUUCCGCCACACCAUGGAUCAAUUCAGCAGUGAACCUGGCCGAUACAGGUUUAUGAGUUCUGAUGCUGAUGACAAGGAAGACACUGAAGCAACGAUGAUGUAUUAUGGAACAUCUUUUGUCCAAGAAACGGAUUUUCCCUUCAAUUUCUACCUAAUUAACUUGAAAUAUCUAUCGGGUAACAGUAUUUUUGAAGCUGUCAACUUGUGGAUCAAAAGCAUGCCUGAAGGAAAAUGGCCAAACUGGGCGGUUGGAAACCCUAACAGCGCUCGGAUUUCAUCUCGUAUUGGAAAGGAGUACGUCAAUGUUAUAAACAUGCUGCUUUUAACCCUUCCUGGUACUCCUAUAACUUACUAUGGUGAAGAAAUAGGAAUGGAAAAUACUGCAUCAGAAGAGGUGACCUUUCCAGAAAAAUCUCCCAUGCAGUGGGAUGGCAAAUUUAAUGCUGGCUUUACUGAAGGCAACAGUAGCUGGUUACCUGUUAACUCUGACUAUCAAAGUGUAAAUGUUGAAAUACAGAAGACUUCGUCCAACUCGAGCCUGAAUUUGUAUAGAGAGCUAACUUCACUUCGCAGCAGUGAGCUACCCAUUCAGCGGGGCUGGAUGUGCUACAUCUGGAAUGACAGUAAUGUUUUUGUGUAUGUGAGGGAGUUAGAUGGGUUAGACAGAGUCUUUAUGAUGGUUCUCAAUUUUGGGCAGGAAUCAACUAUAGACCUGAAAGCUAUAGUUCCUAACCUCCCAUCUGAAGCUUUUAUAAGACUAAGUACUAAUUUUAGCAAUACUGGUAAAGCUGUCAAUACCGAAAGAAUUAAAACUGAAAUGGGAGAAGGCCUGGUCCUUGAAUAUAAAACAGAAACGCCUGUUCAUACUAUGGAAGCUUUUCAAGAAAAUUGUUUUGUAGCAGAGAAAGCAUGUUAUUCCAGUGCCUUCAAUUUACUCUAUGUGAACUGUUAAGUGCAAGAGUAGAAUAACCAAGCUCUCAUAUUAAUUUAGAAGACGUUGAAAUGUUAGUGGAAUAUUAGAAUUUUCAGUGGCUUUUCAAACUUCCUUUGUGUGUAAAAUAAACAGCCUAGAAAAUAAAUUUGAUACC